GUUUCUUUAAGGCUCUUCUUAGCUGUGAUAGUUUCUCAGAAAAUGACUGCCAUAUUGGAAGAUCACUACUAUCGGAAGGCUGGUUAGAAUCCAUUUCCUCAGAGAAACUUGACCACCAUUUGCUCUGGCAUGGCGCAGAGCAGUCCACAGCUUGAUAUUCAGGUUCUCCAUGACCUCCGCCAACGUUUCCCUGAGAUUCCAGAGGGUGUGGUGUCUCAAUGCAUGCUACAGAAUAACAACAAUCUUGAAGCCUGUUGCCGAGCCCUUUCCCAGGAAAGUAGCAAGUACUUAUAUAUGGAAUACCAUAGUCCUGAUGACAACAGGAUGAAUAGAAACCGCCUUUUGCAUAUUAACCUGGGUAUCCAUUCUCCUGGGAGCUACCACCCAGGAGAUGGAGCACAAAUGAAUGGUGGCCGAACACUGGUACAUAGUUCAAGUGAUGGACAUAUAGAUCCACAGCACACAGCAGGUAAACAGCUGAUAUGUUUAGUUCAGGAACCACACUCAGCUCCAGCUGUGGUGGCUGCUACUCCCAAUUACAAUCCGUUUUUUAUGAAUGAACAGAACAGAAGUGCAGCUACUCCCCCUUCACAGCCACCUCAACAGCCAUCCUCCAUGCAAACAGGAAUGAAUUCAUCUGCUAUGCAAGGGCCUUCACCGCCGCCGCCGCCUCCUUCGUACAUGCACAUACCUCGGUAUAGUACUAAUCCAGUUACUGUUACAGUAUCCCAAAACCUCCCUUCUGGACACACUGUACCAAGAGCUUUACAAAUUCUUCCACAAAUUCCAAGCAAUCUCUAUGGGUCUCCUGGUUCUAUUUAUAUUAGACAGACAUCUCAGAGUUCAUCAGGAAGACAAACUCCUCAGAGUACGCCAUGGCAAUCCUCACCACAGGGCCCGGUGCCUCAUUUUAACCCACGUCCUUUACCUGUGUAUUCACAUCAACAGAACUAUCAGCCUUCUCAGUAUUCUCCCAAACAGCAGCAGAUCCCUCAACCUACCUACCACUCACCGCCUCCUUCUCAGUGUCCUUCUCCCUUCAGCUCUCCACAGCAUCAGGUGCAACCUUCCCCUUUGGGCCACCCAAGUUCCCACAUCUUUAUGCCACCUAGUCCUUCAACUACUCCACCCCAUCCAUAUCAACAAGGACCUCCUAGCUAUCAGAAACCGGGGAGUCACUCAGUAGCUUAUCUCCCAUAUGCAGCAUCUGGCUUAUCCAAAGGAUCUAUGAAGAAGAUAGAAAUUACAGUUGAGCCCUCUCAGAGACCUGGGACAGCAAUUAAUAGGAGUCCUUCACCUAUCAGUAGCCAGCCCUCUCCUCGGAAUCAACACUCACUUUACACAGCUACCACCCCACCUUCAAGUUCUCCUUCGAGAGGAAUAUCCAGUCAACCAAAACCUCCAUUUGGUGUUAAUCCUGUGUAUAUUACAUAUACACAACCGACUGGACCUUCCUGUGCUCCAUCACCGUCUCCACGGGUGAUGCCAAACCCAACGACAGUUUUCAAAAUUACUGUAGGACGAGCAGUAACUGAAAAUCUGUUAAAUUUAGUGGACCAAGAAGAUCAGUCUGCAGCCCCAGAACCUAUUCAGCCCAUUUCAGUAAUACCAGGCUCUGGGGGGGACAAGGGGAGCCAUAAAUAUCAAAGGAGUUCUAGUUCUGGAUCCGAUGACUAUGCCUAUACCCAAGCCUUGCUGUUACAUCAGCGAGCAAGGAUGGAGAGGCUAGCAAAGCAAUUGAAACUUGAGAAAGAGGAGCUGGAUCGGUUGAAGGCUGAAGUGAAUGGUAUGGAGCAUGACCUGAUGCAGAGACGGCUCAGGAGGGUCAGCUGCACCACUGCAAUCCCCACGCCUGAGGAAAUGACAAGAUUGAGAAGCAUGAACAGACAACUCCAGAUAAAUGUUGACUGUACACUGAAAGAAGUUGACCUCCUUCAAUCUAGAGGAAACUUUGACCCAAAAGCCAUGAAUAAUUUUUAUGACAACAUAGAACCUGGCCCAGUUGUGCCUCCUAAGCCAUCUAAAAAAGACUCGUCAGACCCUUGCACAGUUGAGAGGAAAGCCCGAAGAAUUAGUGUGACCUCCAAAGUACAGGCAGAUGUCCAUGACACCCAGGCAGCUGCUGCAGAUGAACAUCUAGCCACACUGAGUCCUCGAACACAGCCUCGAGAUGAAGACUAUGAAGGAGCCCCAUGGAACUGUGACAGCUGCACCUUUCUGAACCAUCCAGCACUCAAUCGCUGUGAGCAAUGCGAGAUGCCCCGGUACACCUGAACUCCAAAGAGAGCGUACCAGUUGGAAGGCAAAACUUUUGAACACACUAGAAGAAAAGGAAACCUCAUCAGCGCAGCCUUUUCAUUUCAGAUAAUAGGGGUGUGGGGGUGGGUGGGAAGGCACAACACUGUAGCACUUGUGCUCACUCAAGGGAAAAGGGGGAUAUUUUUUUCCCUUUCUUAACUCAUUGCAGAAAGAAAGAGAAAGGGAUACUUGAAACAGGGAAAGGAUUGACUCCUGAAAGAAUGUACAUGGAGAAGUCAGGAGCUUUUCUCUGGAAUUGCAAUCGUUAAAGUUACUGCUGAAUGGCCCUAAUUUUUUAAACUAGAACUUUGAUUCAUGGUGUCACGUGUUACAGUUUAUGCAGGCAAACUGUGAAGUUCCAGAGCCAACUUACUUCGUCACAACUCUCUGGAAAACCAAGGCUCGCCAGGCUUCUUCCAUUUGCUUCCUCCUGGAGAGAAGGACAGGAAAAAGCUCCAGAAACGAUUUUCUUUGGGUAGAUUUAAGGGUAUCUGUAAUCGCUGCUUACUUCAGGGGUAAUAGCAACAAAAGCAAGAUGUUUUAAAAUGUGAUUUUUUUAGAAGUCAGGAAUAGGCAUGAUUUGCCUUUUGUUUGAAAUACAAUCAGGUGAAAAGUCACUGGUAACUACGACCCAAUGUCACUGACUAUUUACGUUGCUGCAUGCACUCAACAGGCCAUUGGAUUUUGAAAAUAAGUCUUUGCAAAGUAUGAUUUUAUAAAUGACUCUCUUGUUUCAAAAACCUCUGCUUUGCCAAUAGCACAGUGAAUGAAUGUAUGCCAAAUGUAAAUCCAUUCCAAAAUCCAUUUGGAAAUACUGAGUUCUGCUGUGGUUCUAUAAGAAAUGUUUGUAGUCCCUAGGGCCUUUUUUUUCCCUCCUUCUAAUUUCAUGAUGAAUCUAUAAUGUUUACAGCACAGAUAAUACUUGUGCCAUUAACUAAAAGAAAACUUAACUGUUCAGUGAUGAUUUUUUUGCACAUUUCUUAAUAAACCAGUGUGAGGGAAAUUACAGUUGGCCAAUGUCAUAAUAUUGCACACUGCGUUCAUUUGGGGGACAGAGGAGGCUAAGCCAAGAACUAUUAGGAGAGAUGAAUACAAAGGACAUUGAAACUAUAUACUUUUUAAAUUUUACAUUCUCUGUUCAGAGAAAAUAUUGAAUUAGUUCAGAUAGUUGAGGUGAGGUGAUAUUUAAGCACUCCUUAUUUAUAGCAGAAAUUUAGGGUGUGGGAAAAUGAAGACAUGGAAACUCAUGUGACUCAUGAGGAUGCACCACUGGAAUGUUUUUAAUAGCACAUUUAACUAAGGCUUCUAUCAUGUUUGAAUGUCCUUCCUAACUCAGAAUUGGUCUGGGAAUCUUCUCUUCUUUUUGGUGAAUAUAAACAGCAAUAAACUUGAUACGUUCUCCAGUCUUAAAAGAUUUUCCUGAGGUUAUAACCUUAGGAACAUACACUCUCCCAUACCAGGUAUGCCCUCCACCAUACACUUAAGCUGACAUUGUAUUCUAUUUCAGCAGUAAUUAUUGGCAAACCUGGAAAAAUAGGCUGCACUUAAUACAAUGAAACCAAAGGCAUAACAACUCAUGUUUUCCAUCAGAAUCAUAAUUUCAUCCUCUCCAUACACUUCGAAAACAUUUUUUUCAUCAUGUGGAAAAUACCCUAAAAUAUAUCUACUUGUCUCAGAGUGUGACUGUGUUAUAAUUUUACUGAUAAAACAUCUCUCAUACAAUAAUAACUCUGGCAAAACUGUGAAAUAGUGAGAAAGGAGAUAAGCUUAAAAGCAUUGGCAUGAGGACAGUAUUCUUCCAAGCUUUGUAACACUGGUGGCUGUCAGUCCUACUGUUCUUUAAUACGCCGAUGCCUUUGUAUGGUUUCAUAUCAUUUUAGUGAUGGACAACCCCACUGGGUAUCAAGUAACAAUUUAGGAGAGAAUUUACAUACUGCUUGGUGUUCUAGCUAAAGGUUUACCAGUAUUUUAAUGGUAUGCUGAAGUAGCAACAGUUAACCUGGCAGUUGUCAGGUUAAAAAUAAAAGUAGCAUGUAUGAAAACAGUUUGGUGUUUUAUUAAAAUCAUGUAGAUGACUUAAACUAUUGCAUGAACAUACCUCCAAGCUGUGAUACAGUAGAUGCAUGGUUCCAGUCCUUUGGUGAUAUAUCUAGUAAAUCAUUGUUUUCACCUGCCAGGAAAAAGGGAGAAAAAAAACAGUCUACUUGAUUGAUAGGUGUAGAAGGGUGGGGGAUGAGACAUCAGAGAUUGAUGUAAGGAAGGUUUAUAUGUUUAUUUUUGGUCAUGCACAAGUUUCACAUGCCAACACAGGCUGUACUAGUUUUUAAUUGUAACUGUGCCCAUAUAUGGACUACUUGUCGAUGAUCAGUUUGACAUGAAUGCCGCCACUUCUCAAGGUGCCUUUCCCCAGUGAUCACCUAUUGGAUGGCAUCAGUGGUAGAAUAUAGAUGUGACGUGGCUUGCAUGCUGAGGACCCUAGAGUCUUUGGAUUAGUUGGUGCACUUCUUGUUUCUAGUAAAUCGUUUCUUAUAAAUCUGAUUAUAUAUUUUACAUUAUUUCACUAUUUUAUAAACUGGGUUUUUAGAAAGCACAUUUGCCAUUUUGUUAAAAUGCAAUACCCCUUCAUUUUUGGAGUUGAUCUUAAAAGAGUCUGAAGUGGUCAGAAAGGAGCCAGAGACUUCCUAAGUAUUGUGUAAAAUGUUUCGAAUUGAUAAUGACCUUGUUUAGUAGAACUUAGAGGCAGUUGUUUUAAAGAAAAGAAAUGCAUUGUAAAAAAAAAGAUAGUUGUUUUACAGCAGAUUAAUGAUGGGUGGAGAAAGUCCUGUUUAAUCUGUUUUAUUUCCCUGGAAGAAAUGGGAAGCGUGAUAAGCAGUUUAAUAAUUUUUAAGGAGCUGGUCUCAAUUUAAAUACUUUUUAAUUAUGAAAAGAAAUGUUUCCUCAAAUUUUGUCAUUGCUUUGUCACAGUUAUCUAGGGUUCAUAUCCAACUUCUGUGGCAACUCAAUUUUAUAUAGUAUUUUCAAAGGUAAUUGUAAUGUCUUGACAGUAUAAACAAAAAAGAACCUAAGACAUAGAAAAUUUGUCCUUUAAAAAUACCAAUGAUCUAUCCUGUAAUGUGAAAAUGUCCCUUUGUAGUUAAAAUUGAUUUAUUUUAAUAUUGUAUUCAUUGUUCAGACUGAACGAGUUCAUGUUAUAGUAUGUCUGUAUAUCUGUAAAGGAACAGCAGUUGAAAUGUUACUUUAUAAAAUUAGAAUAAAUCAGGCACUGUGUGUUGCACCACUACUGUAUCUUUUCAAAAGAAUUAAUAGUAUUUUAUUAUAAAAGUUAAUUCUGAUGUUUUCACAUUCACCAGACAUGCAUUUUUUUCUGUAUUAUUUGCACCCCCCAAAUAUUUAAUACAAGUAGAUUCUGCAUGGCUUGGGGCACUCGGAUUAAUAUAAUGAUGACUCAAUUUUAUUUCAAAAGCCAUGAAAAUUUGCUUUGAGACUGAACAAUUCUGAACUCUUAUUUAUGACACCCGACGUCCAUGUUUCCCUACUGUUAAAGAAUUGAUCAGUUUCCUCAUUAAAACAGCAAAAACAAAAGACCUUAUUAAAUCUUGUAAAUACCAUGUCUCUUAGAUUUCUGUGUAUGCUGUGAAUCAGAUUUUUGAGAUGAAAUUGUACAAAGGCAUAUCGAAGGUUAUGCAUGCAUCGAACUUCCAAACAAUACAGAUUCGGAAAUUCCAAGAUUUCUGCAAAAUAAAUGAACUAAAGCAAACACUA